AUGGCCGACCGCAUCUCGUCCUGCGCCUCAAAAGCAACACAAAGCACGGCCAAUGACCCCAGUGGGACACGCUCAGCCACCUGUCGAGACGUGUCGACGACGAACACUGGCCCAGUCGGGGCAGAAAAAGUCCGCGAGCUUAUUCUUAUUAUUCUUGUUAUUAUCCCUCUUUUGCAUCCAGCCAGGAUCGAAUCCUUCUCUUCCGCCGCAUAUGUACUGCACUUCUACCAAGCAUCAUUCUUCUCCUUCUGCGGCGCUCCAGACUCUCCGUCCAGACGCAGCCAAGAAACGCCCCAGAAGUAG